AUGGAGGGGGAGGAUAAGAGGGGGAGGGGCAGAGAGGGGGGAGGACAGAGGUCUAUUCUCCUUUGCCUCACCUGCUACUCCCCCUUCCCUCCGCCCUGCUUCCCCCUCCCUCCUCCCUGCUUCCCCCCUCCCUCCUCCAUGCUUCCCCCCUCCCUCCUCCCUGCUUCCCCCCUCCCUCCUCCCUGCUUCCCCCCUCCCUCCUCCCUGCUUCCACCCUCCCUCCUCCCUGCUUCCCCCCUCCCUCCUCCCUGCUUCCCCCCUCCCUCCGCCCUGCUUCCCCCCUCCGUCCCCCCUGCUUCCCCCCUCCGUCCCUGCUUCCCCCCACCCUCCUCCCUGCUUCCCCCCUCCCUCCGCCCUGCUUCCCCCCUCCGUCCCCCUUGCUUCCCCACUCCCUCCGCCGUGCUUCCCCCCUCCGUCCCCCCCGCUUCCCCCCUCCCUCUUCCCUGCUUCCCCCCUUCCUCCGCCCUGCUUCCCCCCUCCAGCGAAGGCUGGUCUGAUUUGAUGUCAUGUGACCAAUCCUCUCUCCCACCCGUGAACAUCACCAACCUCCCAUUCAUCAGGUCAUGGAACAGCAGACAAUGUCAGUGGCCAAGGCAGGCAUCAUUGCAACCCUCAACGCACGCACGUCUGUGCUCGCCUGCGCCAACCAAUCGGUCCUUGUACUUGCCAAUGCCAUUCAUAUCUGUGCCUCCCCUCUUCCCACACCUGGUCAUGGAGCGGCAGACUGUCUCAGUGGCCAAGGAUGAUUGUGCGCUCGCAAGCAGCGGCAUGUUGCUGGUGUUCGGAAAGGUGCAUCCAGAAGCCCUGCCACUCUUCCCUUGA